AUGCCGGAGGGCCAAGCUCGCCGGCGGCGCACGCCGCUGCAACAUGCGUUCCCCAUUGGCCACGGCGUCGUCAUCGGGAGCAUCUCUUGUUCAACGGCGGGAGUUUUGUGGCGCACGGCAAGUUGCAGAGUGAAGGCGAUGGCGGCGGGUGGUAUACGACCGGCGGCAGGCGGAUGGUGGCUGGAUGGGGCAACGGCGUGGACAGCGCUGGGUGAGGUCGGAGGCGACGGGCGGUGGCUGUGGGCUGGGUGCCGCCGUCUGUGCGUGCGUUUCUUUGACAAUGUUCUUUCGGCUGUCUUCGGAAAUGCAAGACGAUAUUCUCGCAAAGCCAUAUAUUGGGCAGCUGUCACCACGUCCUUAGGGCAUUCAUAG